AGGACAUGACUUGAAGCUGGAGGUUCCUUUGAGCAGAGGUGUUUCUUGCUGAGGACAUUGUCGCACGGACAGCAAAUAAGAGUACUGUGGUGAUGAUGAUGAUGAUGAAGAGCAUCAUCUUAGGAACCUUUCUCCUCUUCGUCCUUUGUGGUGCUGUGUCCGGCCUGGGAUCAGUUGUAGUAAAAGGUUAUGAGUACAUCACCUAUCUUCAUUACAACUGGUUGGAAGCUCAGCAGUACUGCAGGACAAACUAUGGCAAUGGAGACUUGGCCACAAUAUAUACACAGUCCGAUGUAGACGAUCUGAAUUUGGAAGACUAUAGAGCGUGGACUGGUCUGCAUAAACCGUCGGAUAAAGACGAGUUCAGUUGGGUUCACGGAGAUAGCCCGUAUCGCAACUGGGCACACGAUCAGCCACAAGUGCAAGAAGGCAGUGAUUACUGUGCUGUUGUCCAUUACGGCUGCCACUGUUUUUAUAGUGAACUCUGUAACAGACGCGCCUACUUCAUCUGUUCUAAAUGGCACGACGACCAUACAGGCGACUUUAUACCUCAGUCGAAGACAUGGGAAGAGGCCGUGGACUACUGCGAUCAUAUGCCAGGAUACCACAAUAUGCCAUUUUUCACCAGCAGCAAUGACAUUGACAGUGCUUUUCGACCACAGGAUUUCCAAGUCUGGACUGGACUGUACAGACAUGGGGGAACAUGGAAGUGGAGCAAAGGGUUUUCGGAGUACAGAAAUUGGUCACCCAGUCAUCCACAGAACAACGGCGACUGCGUCUCCAUCUCCUCUCUGGGCAAGCAGAUGUCGGUGCAAGAUUGCUCGUCCCAAUGUCCCUUCAUCUGCUCUCACGAUAACCUGGUCCUGGUAAAGGAGAACAAGACCUGGGAGGAGGCACUAGAACACUGUAGGGCCCUCGGCAAUCAUGACUUGAUCAGUGUGCAGCCUGGAAGUGACCUAGACUUCAUAAUGAGGCGGGUCAUGGAGGCUGACACUGAGAAGGUGUGGACAGGCCUUCGUUUCUUGGCAGGUCAGUGGCUGUGGGUGAACCAGGCAGAUAUGUCGUACUCUGGCCUGCCUGACUGCCCCCUCGAAUGGCAGCACUGCGGAGCAUUAUCUAAAGAUGACGGAGAGAAUAUAAAGAUCAGAGAAUGUUCAGAGAGGAGGAACUUCCUUUGUUAUAAAAUCUAGUGGCAAGAACAAUGACCAUCAUCACUAUCAGACUGUACUGCAUUACAGUACAAGUCAUUUUAUUUUAGGCAAUUGAAAAAUACUAGAUGUAUUUAUCUAGGUACAGUCUGGAUACAAGACUCAUGUUACCAGGUGCAUAUGGAGGAUGUAGAUUGAUGGAUGGAUAGAUAAUGAAAUGAAACCAUUGUUUCCCCUACCCUCAGCAGCAAUGCCUUUGCCAGUGGAUCCCACAUGGUAGACUUGCAGUACUGCUAGAUAAACACCAGGUGGCAGAUGUUUCUGUCUCUGGCAGCAUGGAAAUGUCCUCCCACACCACCCUGACUGUUAUGCACAACUACUGAGCUGCAUCCAUCCAGUCAACAUGGGGGGCUUUCUUCCAAUCGUGUGGUCUCUGGACAUUUUAUAAUAAUAACAAUUCCAUGGAUUUCCCUGUGUUGUCCAAAUUCUACACCAGUGUGAGUGUGAGUUUGAGUCAGAGGAGUUUUAUAGGCUCAGGAUAGAUUCUUCCAGUUACAGUAUGUGCUAUUAGUUUCAUUUACUUAUUUGAACUUAACAAUUCCCUCCUUAACAUUUUGAGAAAAAUUAAGGGGAAACUAAGUAACAGAAUUGGCUGACUCAUUCUCACGAUUGCCUUUGGAAAAAGUUGAUGUCACAGUUUUGUGGAUGCAAACACUAUUCAAAAGCUUUCAUGUACAAGAGCUUUAUCACCUACUCCUUUUUUUUUCAGUUCCCUCUAGAACCCUACUGCUCACGCUUCUUACCCUGGUCCUGGGUUACGCAGUCGCUCAGGUAUUUUUAAAAUUUAUUACUGGGGAAAUCAUGAGCAUAUGAACUCACCAGGUUGUCUUUGUCUGAACAAAUGACUGCAUCAGGAAGGAGGAAAAAAUGACUCAAGAGAAAUGUCUUUAGCGGAGAUCAAGAUGAUUUGACAUAAGCCAUGCAAGCACAGGACUCAACAACUUAAAUUGGUGUCAUUUUUUGCACAUUAUACUAACCUAAAUGUUACUCUGAAAGAAUAAUUCCCAAGCAGUGUACCACCCUUAUCAAGCAUCUCCCAGCUUUGACUUCAGCUGGAGUUUGCUGCUGAAGGCUCUUUGUUGACGUCACUCACCUUGAAUCCAUUCCCUCCUUCCUGCAACAUGGUGCUGUCUUUAUGAGACAGCUGGCAGUGUUUAUUGUAGUGAGAGAGUGACCUGUGGGGGUGGGAGUGAGCGGAGACUAGAGCUGAAGCCCUCAAGUCAAAACUCACAUGCAAUUUCUCAAAUUGUCCGGUAAACUUGUUAAACAGUUGCUUGGCUUUCAACCCAACAGUGGUUUAACAAGGAGUGGAAAAAAACCCAGCAGAGAUAGGUUUGUUUCAGGUGACACAAACAGACCAGCAGAAAUUUAGAUAAUGACAGAAUCUUCAAAAGCCUGAAUGUCUGUGUUGUCAUUCUAAACCCUGUAUGUUAAAUGUAUAUGUGGAGCAUGAAAUACAUGAUGAAUCUGGCCACACUCUCCUUUCAUUAUUUCCUCACUAAUAAAACAAGGCAAUCGGAGA